AUGGAACUUACUUACGGUUUGGCCAUCAUCUCUCCGUCUGCGGAAACCGUAGCAAAGAACAGCAUCAGUGCCCUGAAACUGAAUGAAAAACACAUCAACUGUGCUGUGUUGGAAGAUCUAGCUAAAGCUCUAAGGCUUAACACUUCGAUUACCACCCUUGAUCUUUCAAGGAACUUGAUUGGGGAUAAUGGAAUGCAGAGUCUGUUUGAAGCUUUAAAGGCAAACGAAUCGAUAACAGACAUUAAUCUCAGUGCUAACAGAAUAGGUGAUGCUGGAAUCAAAUUUCUAGCUUCAACCUUAGAAAUGAACAAUCGCAUUUGCAAUGUUGAUCUUGGGUACAAUAAAAUUAAUGAUGUAGGAGUAGAACAAAUAGCAAAAGCACUGAUUAGUAAUAAAUCAGUUUGCAAAUUAAAUCUUACUGGAAAUCCUUUAAAAGAUAAUGGAGCUAAACAUAUUGCUGAUGUUUUAAAGGUAAAUAACUGUAUUAAAGUGCUUGACUUGUCAGAAUGCCAAAUAGAAACCUUCGGAAUGCUCAGCUUAAGCCAAGCACUGCGAGAAAAUUCGUCUCUUACUACACUGGUUCUGAGUAACAACAGGGUACAGAAUACGGCAGCACUUCAUCUGGCUGAAAGCUUGGCGAUUAAUAACUCUCUGAACAAACUUGACCUAUCGGGAAACUCAAUAUCAGAUGAGAUCACUGCUAUCAUUGUAGCUCUAAAAGCGAAUCUUGCUCUUUCCAAUCUUAAUUUCAGCAUGAACAACAUUAACAUUUCUAUCACUUCUGAAAAUGAUCUCUAUGAAGCUUUUACCACAAACUCUACUAUUACCAAGCUUCAACUGAAUAGUACUAAUUUCAAAGAUGCUACAAUGAAAGUUAUAGCUAAAGCUUUAGAACACAAUACUUCAGUUAGUACACUAAGACUUGGGGACAAUCAGAUUAGCUCUGUCGGCGCUAAGGAUCUAGCCACAGCUUUAAAAGUGAAUAAAUCUAUUGUAUCUAUCGAUUUAUCUAUUAAUAAUGUAGGAGAUGAGGGAGUCAAAGAGCUCUCAGAAGGUUUGAAAGUCAAUAGAUCGAUUACGUCUCUAAAUUUAAGCGAAAACAACAUAACUAACAUUGGAGUAGGAAUGAUUGCAGAAACAUUAAAAUAUAAUAAGUCUCUUGCUGUACUAGACCUCUCUUGCAAUCCGAUAGAUUAUGAUGGAGUUCUUUGCCUGGCUGAAGCGUUCAGAAGUAAUGCAUCAAUUACUUCAAUAAACUUAAGCAAUAACACACUAAGUGAUGAUAGUGCAAAGAUUAUAGCUGAAUGUUUAACAGUAAAUGCCUCUAUUAAAAUUUUAAAUCUUAGCUACAAUCAAAUACAUGAUACUGGAUUGAAAUAUCUGGCUGAAGCUCUCGAGAAAAAUUCAAGCCUUAAUUCUCUAAAUCUUUCCUACAAUAAGAUAAAAGAUGAAGGUGCUAAAGAUUUAGCUGAAUCAUUAAACCACAACUCAUCUAUUUCAAACCUUUAUCUCAUCGGUAACAAAAUCGAAACAUCAAUACUAAAAAGCAUAGCUGAAGCCUUAAACCUCCGAUCUUGUGUUACUGCAUUUGAUUUGAGUUACUUUCUAAAAGACAGAAGUGGCAAUGUCGAUUGUACUGUAUCUAAAGCAACUGAUGGUAGCGUACCGUUCAAGAGUAAGGCCAACGAUCUUACAAAAGAAACUCUCAUAAGAGAAGCAUUAAGGCUAAUGAGUGCUGGUAAUUAUCAACUUCAAGACUUUGGAAAAAAUGCAAUAUUAUUAUUAGGGAACCCUGGAGCUGGUAAAAGCACACUUGCUCACUUGCUGUGCGGACAAAAGUUGAAAGCUGUACUGGAUGAUGCAACUAAUGAUAUAUUUGUCGAAGCACCUGACCCAAUAAAAGAAAAUAGUUUUGGGUUGUAA